CCAUCAUCCCUGACAGCUGUCUAGAUUUGUACAUUCUUUCCAGUCAUUCCCUUCUUGUCAUCAUCUCUCCCUUCCUUCCUUCUUUCUUUCACUUGUCCAUCGUGCUUUAUGCUAUCUGGAGCAAGCCGGGCAGUCGCCCGAGCUGCUACGCGUGGACCAUCGCGGGUAGACGUGCCUGUCUGGGCGCGGUCGAGCCCCUUCCCUUCCAGGUCUCCACAGUCACCUCUACGACCUGAACACCGGCCGAUCCUGCUUGACUGUUCUAAGCGGAACCCUUCAUGUAGUAUCUCUGCCUUAUUUUCGACUAGUCUUGUAAGGCGAAAUCAAGAUUCGGCGGAAGGCAUUUCACAAGGCGGCGGGAGGAAGCACAGCCAUCAUCCGACAGAUACUGGAACCAACCUAAAGAGCACACUGCCCUCUUCUGCUGAGCCGAUCAGGCUGGAUCAUGCCUUUGACAAGCUGGAAAAGGAGCAGAAAGAGUCGAUAGAGGAUGGAGACAGUGGCUAUCUGGCUUUCACCAAGGCCUCUCUCUUCAAGUUGACUCUACCUCUAUUCCCUCCGGAUAAGAAAUCCGACCCGACCUCUUCCACCUCGAAGGCGUCUUCCCCGCUCUCCAAAUCGCUCAUGGCUAAAGCAGUGAAAGAGUCGGAUCGGGAAGGAGAGCACAAUGCCGAAAGUGAGAACGACAGCGGCCCGAUGUCAGCCGAGCCCUGGGAGCAUAGAGUAGAUCGUGGGGAGCAAAUCUCCCAGGUCAUGUCUCCGGACAGCUCGUCUGACGUCAAACGCAAGGGAAAGUCUGGUCAUCCGGUGGCAACCAAAAAAGGCGACCUGCAUGGGCCAGAGAAUGGAGAGCCCAGCGAUGAUCAGAGUCUGGAGUUCGACAGUCGGGCUCCGGCCAAGUCUGUUGUCUUCUUGCUGCAUUCAGGACAGCCGCUGAGCUACAUUGCAUCGCUGAUCAGAGCAGAGGAGCCAAGCUACCAGUCUGUCUCCUCGAGGGAGAAGGGCGCUAGCAAGGACGAAACAAUAGCCAAGCACGACUUUGAGCCUACGAUUACUUUUCACACCCGCCAAGGCGAAUCGAAACGCUGGAGCCCAGCCACGGGUAUCGGAGACUUCCUCCGUGACGCCGCUCGCAUCGGUUCAUUCGUAGUCAAGGUCGGAGAUCGCAACAUCGACGUGUCUGUCCCUUCAUUUGAGGAUCGGACCAGGUUUCUGCGCUCCUCUUUGAACAAUAAGACGGCCCGAAUUCAAAAGAUGGCACAACUCAAGGCAGAGUGUGACCGUCUUGCUCAUACCGGUACGAGAAAGUUCGCCUUUGCCGGCGCUGGUAUUCUGGUCGCUUGGUGGUGCGCUGUCUCGUACUUGACCUUCUUCACAUCUCUAGGCUGGGACGUCAUGGAGCCGGUGACUUAUCUGAUGGGACUAGCUUCCCUGAUGGCAGGUUACAGCUUCUUCCUCUUCUCUCGCAAGGACGUUUCCGCACGAGUGGUCUUGAAAGAGACUACCUCACAAGCGCAGACACGGCUGUACACUGCGAAGAAUUUCGACCCGGAGCGAUAUGUGGAGCUGAUCGAGGAGGCAAAGGAGCUAAGAAGGGCCAUCAAGCGAGUGGCCGAAGACUAUGAUCUCGAGUGGGACCAAGGAGAGACCAUGGCUGGUAAGAAGCACAAGAAGGCCCUCGAGGUGGUUCGCAAGUCUGAGGAGCGAGAGUAUUCUGGGAGCAGCAAGAAGAGGAAGGACGAUGAGGAUGACGAGGCCGAAGACGAGGAUGAAGACGACGAAGACGUGGACGAAGACGCGGAUGGUACGCCAGAUAAGAAGCAAAGGAGCAAGAAGCGUCCAAAGGAAAAGGUCAGGACGUGAGCAUGUCAUGGGCGAUGUCGAGGCGCGAUACGCGAGGGAGGUAUGGCUAUCAGAUACGCCAGAUGCGUACGCCUCAAGACGCC